CUGUGGCCACACUCGGGGCCGUCCCGGGCCGCGACUCCUCCUCCUCCGUCCCCGCCCCGCCUCUGCUCGGUCAGCCCGCUGGCGGGCGCCCCUCGGCCAGGAAGCGCCUCUCGGACGCCGCUGGUGACUGAUGCCCAGACUGCACGACCACUUCUGGAGCUGCUCCUAUCCCCAGCGUGCGAGGCCCCAGAGCCCCCUCAGAGCCCGCGCCGCCGCAGGGCUGGCGGCCGGAGUGGGAGACAUGAUCAGCUCCGCCGCUGGGCCCGGUCCCUCCCUGCUGGUGGCCCACAGUGGCCCGGACACUGACCCCUCUCCCCGGGAUCGGAGCGCGGCGAGCAGUGGCCGCCGUGGCGGCAGCAGCCACACCAACAGCUGGCAUCAUCACUUGGUGCAGAGGAGCCUCGUGCUCUUCUUGGUGGGGGUCGUCCUAGCCCUGGUGCUCAACCUGCUACAGAUCCAGAGAAAUGUCACCCUCUUCCCCGAGGAGGUGAUUGCCACCAUCUUCUCCUCUGCCUGGUGGGUCCCUCCGUGUUGUGGGACAGCAGCUGCUGUUGUUGGCUUGCUGUACCCCUGUAUCGACAGUCACCUUGGAGAACCCCACAAGUUUAAGAGAGAGUGGGCCAGCGUCAUGCGUUGUAUAGCAGUUUUCGUUGGCAUUAACCACGCCAGUGCUAAAUUGGAUUUUGCCAAUAACGUUCAGCUGUCCUUGACUCUGGCAGCCCUGUCGUUGGGCCUUUGGUGGACAUUUGAUCGUUCGAGAAGUGGCCUUGGGCUCGGGAUCACCGUAGCCUUUCUAGCUACUCUGAUAACGCAGUUCCUCGUGUAUAAUGGUGUCUAUCAGUAUACAUCCCCAGACUUCCUCUAUAUCCGUUCUUGGCUCCCAUGUAUAUUUUUCUCAGGCGGUGUCACAGUGGGGAACAUAGGACGACAGUUAGCAAUGGGUGUUCCUGAAAAGCCACAUAGUGAUUGAGUCUUCAACCCCACUGAUUCUGAAGAAUGAGCAAGACUUGGGAUGGAAAUCUGUGAUGGUGGAUUCUGACAAAGAUGAUCUUUUUUCCUAAAUAGUCUGUUUAGAUUGGGCUGACUAUACAGUGACUUCUGGAAAAAAAUAUUCACCUGGUCCAGGAUAGUGAAGUGGAAAAAAUAACUACUUACCUGCCUUGAAGUCUUCCCUUGACCAACCGCACUCGUGCCUGUCUGCGUUCUGGAACAUUCCAUCCCAGGCUGUGUGUAGGAGUUCAGGCAGGGAGCAGUUUCCUGAGUAUUAGAUUUCAUCCAUGUUAUUAAAAACAAGUUGCCAUAUUUCAAAGCCUUGAACUAAAACUCAGUUACCAACUAUCAGUUUUGUAUCAGUGCCCAAAGGGAUAAGUUGAGGGUGCUUAACAAAGAUGAAGUAUGGUGUAAUAGGAAUCAUAUUUAUCCAAAAGAUUUUUUUAAAUAGGGUUGUGUUAAAAACAACAACAACACAGCGGCAGCAGGCGUAGGGAGAUUGCACUCUGGGUGGGUCUCGGCGUGGCAGAGCCACAGUCACACCUGUGCUUAAUGCUGCAGUGGCAAGCUCAUGUCCCACACGUGUGUACGUCACAGUGCGUGCGUGAACCAUGCUUUUCAUUCGAUCCAUGGAACUUUGUGGAGACAAUCUUACUGAGGGCAAACGGCAGUGGAAAGUCAUAAUUCCACACUGUGCUGUAUUGGGAUUUUCACCUGACUGUGUGAAGUUUUAUCCAAAAUCCGUGAUCAUCUGAGAGCAAAUACCUGUCAGCCAUGUGUUUCAGUCUUAGUGAGCCAACAUUGUUUCUUUGCUACUCCAAGAUAGAGAUGACUAUUUUUUUCCACAGCCCUAUGGAAUCUGCAAUCUGUGAUUGCCUUGUAAAAAGGAAAGUGCGUAUGUCACUGCAUUGAACAUGUGGUGUUUCUAAAUAGUCGAUGAUAUUGGUGAGCACAAUGUAUUCAUCUAAUGGCAUAGACCAUACUAGACCUAAUUUGCAAGUAUUGGGUCUUAAACUUCAAGUGCAAUGUAUAUGAAAACCAAUCUGAGCCUUGUAUUCUCUUAAAUAUUUAUUUUUUUGUAAUGUCUGAGAUGUUCAAGAGAAGGGUUCUCCAUUCAUUUCAGUACUGCAUGGAGGCAAAACUCAGCAAUAAUUUCUUUGAGUUGUAAAGAUACUUUUUGGUGACACCCUCCAAUGAACCCUUUGAAAUAACUCCAGUUUUGUGGGUUGAGUAAUUUUUACUUACAAAUUUACAUUUUUGUAUUUUGCAAUUUAAAUGUUUUUGGUUUGUUCUAAAUUCCGUGGAAGUGGCCAGCAGAAUAGAAAGUCAGACUAACUUGCCAGUGAGUGUUGAUGUACGUAUUUGCUUUCAUUUAUGUGAUGAACCUUGUUGGAGUUUUUAGUUUUUGAGGAAAAUAUCUUGGAGUGACUUUUAUGUUACGGAAGCUAAUUUAUUUUAGAGAACUUUUGUUUAAAAAAGAAAAUGGAUCAUCCUGAACUUUGGAACGAUCCCUUUUACAUUUUCUGAAAAUGAAAACAGAUGAUUAGUAAUGUGAAAACAAUUUUCAAUGAAGAUGUCAGCAUUUUUUUUGAAACACCACAAGUUAUUCGAUGAAAGCAGUAAGUGAAUCUUUAUGAUAUACUUGAUCGUGCACAAACAAUAAGUAUUUUUUUCUCUUAAACUGGAAGUAAAUCUAUGUUAGAAAUAAUGUAGCCAAAAAAUGUGAAUCUGAAGAAUUUUUUUGCCAAUAGUUUAUAGCAAAUACAUGAACCAAAGUGAUUUGAGUUUGUAAAAAUGUAAAAUAGUCUGAACAAUUUGCACUCUAUCAGAUUUGAACAUCUAGUGAGAUUCACAUUCAUCCUAAGUUUUCAACAUUGUGUUCUUUUUGCAUUCAUUUUUUACUUUUAUUAAAGGUUCAAAACCAAA